AUGGGGCGUGACCUUGAAAGCCUUGAUAUGAGAGUUGCUGGGAGUGGCCAAUGGAGGGUUGUGGAGAAAGGCAAAGACGUUCAUAUUCCUCGAAACAACCAAGUGAUUGGGAAGAGGAAUACCCUGAUUUUCUGGGAAGUGGAAGGAGUAUGUGCUAGGAGGAUUAAAUGGGUGAUGCAUGAGUUCCGCCUUGUGCUAAUUUCUAACCCAUCUAAGAAUUAUCAGAUCACUAGACUUUGUAAACUCAAAAUGCAGAUAGCAAAAUGGUCUGUUUAUCGCAUCUUUCAGAAGAAGGAUGCAAAGAAGGUGAAGAGUGCAAGAGGAUCUAAUGGAGGGAGCUCCAAAGAUGGCGAAAAUAAUGGAAGUGUACGUCAUGAGAAUGACAAUUUCUUAGGCCCUCCUCAUCAAUGA